UCUACAUCUAGGGCCGCUCACCCCAGGUUUUGAGAGAUUUUUUUCGUGAUUACUCUUCCAUCUCGUUUCCCCAGAUCGUCCUUCCCCCAGACUGCUCAGAGGCAGCAUCCCCAGAUUCCUGAAUAUUAAUCACGGUCGAUCCGCAAAGGGAAGACGCACCGCAGCCAUGGCCAGCGACCACCCGCCCUCGUUAACUCGCCAGCAUACGCAUGACAUUGAACUCGGUGUCUCGGAGGUCCUCCAGCGCCAUAUCACUCGCCAUGUGGUUGCGCCAAAGCCUGUGUCCCAGCGAAAGCUCAAUUUUGAGCAUAAACGACCGCGGAUUCUGCGGGAAAUGAUGGCAGAAGCCACCGGCGUGUUCUUCUACGUGUUCCCCGGUAUUGCGUCUGUGGCCUCAUUCACCCUCGCAACUACCAAUGGUGUCGGAGCCGCGGUUGGAAUCCCGGUCUUUGGAACUCUCUUCCAGAUUGGUUGUGCGUUCGCCAUGGGUAUCGCGUUUGCUAUCAUAACCUGUGCUCCCACCAGCGGUGGGCACUUUAACCCGGCUAUCACCAUUUGUUUCGCUAUCUGGCAAGGAUUUCCAUGGAAGAAAGUCCCCCACUACAUUUUCUCGCAGAUCUUUGGCGCCUUCAUGGCCGGUUUGUUCCUGAUGGCGUGCUACUGGCCCCAGAUCCAAGCGGCGAAAGCCAUCGACAUCAAAGAGCACGGUACCGCGGUCUACAACGGCGGCGUGGCCAGCAUAUUCUGCACGUUCCCCAACCCGGACCAGCACAACCAGGGAUACCUCUUCUUCCAGGAGUUCUUCGUGGACAGCUACAUUGGCAUUUUGAUCUGGGCAUGCCUUGACCCGGCCAACCCCUUUGUCAGCCCGACUUCCGCGCCCUUCACGAUCGGCCUCGUCUACGCGACCAUGGUCUGGGGCUUUGCCGGAAAUAGCAUCUCGACCAACCUGGCAAGGGAUCUGGGCACGCGCAUCGUCGCGGCCAUCUUCUUCGGCGGUGAGGCCUUCAGCUUCGACAACGGCUACUCGUGGAUCUCUAUCCUGGUCAACAUCCCCGCCACCAUCUUCGCCACCGGGUACUACGAGUUCCUGAUGCGGGACAGUCUGCAGAAGAUCCAAAAGGGUCACGCCGAGCACGAGGAGGGCGAGGAAGGUCUCUCCAGGUACUUGUCCAAGGUCACCGGGAUGGAUGUGCCUCCGCCGCCGUCCGAGCGCGGUGCGAUGAAUGCUGCCAACGGCAUUAUAGAGAAGCAAUUCUGAAGGGAAAGAACAGGAGAGAUGACUUGUGGACGUGAUGGGCACAGCGUAUAAGAAUGGGAAAUGGUUCACGGCGACGACGUGUGUUCUAGGACCGUCGUGUGUAUAGAUUCCCCCAAAACCCUCGAUUGUGUUCAUGAGUCGGGUAUACAGAACUAUGUAGUGGCACAGAGUGAACAAGG